AAAUGAUGGGACGAUGGUCAAGGAUUUUAUCUUUUUUUUUGAGAGUGGGGAAAGCAAAGAUCACAAAGAUAUAUAUCUGGAUCCACAUUUUUUCGAGGGAAAGAAUAUCGUAGAGGGAGACAGGCGGCGUACACGUCUGCGGAGAACAAGGCAGUUUUCUAAGUGACUUUGCUAUGGGCUGCUUUUUUAGAACUCAAGCUCUUGGUAAACUAUGCUGCGUCUUUCAAAGUUAGCGAAGCAAGGUCAGUUUUUAAGAAUUACAAGGCUUCUGCGCAAGAGAAGUGGGAAACCAAGUGAAUUUCCUGAUUACAAGCAAGUGUACUUACCCUAUGAUACAGCUCCAACACAGAUUGAACUAGACCGUGAACGGAAAAAGUUUUCUCGUGCAUACUAUGGCCGUCAAGAACACAAAAGGCUUGUUGAAGUAAAAAAUGUACCACCAAAUAUGUUUACCUAUGGGAAAGAAGGUAUGUCUAUCCCAAUUUCUAUCUUCAAGGAUCAGCAAGACCCUAUUAUUGGACCUGAGUGGACCUAUCCAGGAAUUUAUGAAAACAAAAUUGUGGCGCAGCACUGGUAUCUUUCAGAAUUGUUUGAACGUGAAGAAAAGGGGACCUUCGAGUCGCCUUGGCAAAAACAAGUCCUCGACAACCACGUCAAAAGAAACCUUGGUAAGGUGGCGUGGCGCAUGAGUAUGCUAAAAAUCAAAACCAUUGACAUUUUCCAAAAGGAAAGAGGCUCCUCAAAACGACCCGGAGCGGCGGCGGGUACGGAUGGCAAGUCAGCCGCUGCAAGUGAUAAGCGAAAGAAGUAGUCCCAGGGCAUAAAAUGUGUGAAUCCUAAUUGCCGUAUCAUGAUGGAGGCAAUGAAAAAUGGGUUGCAUGGUGUUGUUUUUCCAACAUACUUUUGCGUAUGGAAUUCCAAUACGUUUCAUAGGUGGAGACACUUUACUUCGAA